AUGCGUUUCGAGACCACAAUCAUCGGCCUUUUGGCUGCUGCCACAACCGCCGUCGCCGUCUCGGUGCCACCCCAGGCCAGAGUCGCCGGGGGGCUGAUCGCCCGCCAAGAGGAGGCGGACGAGGUGGACGUCACGCCGACCCGCGUGAAGCGGGGCGCCGAGGACGAAGACCAAGACGAGGCGCACUUCAACCCGACCAGAUCGGUCGAGCACGACGACCCCAACGACCCAGAACACAGCGAUUCUGUCUCCAACCCUCCCGUCAAGGCUAGGGACGAGACGGCCAAAGACCAAGUAGACGAAUCUGCUGCUGCUGAAUCUGAAGAUGACGCAAGUGCUGACCAGGACAGUUCUGACGAGUCCCUCUCCAAGCGGGAGGACAAGGACAAGAGCAGCAGCAAGGACGACAAGCACACCGACGGGGACAGCCACGACGCCGCUUCUCACAAGGCGGGUGGCAAGAACAUGACCAACAUGCCCAACAUGACCACGCCGGCACCGGGAGGGGCCAAGGGUGCUGCCUCUGGCGUCGGGGUGAGCGUCAUGUUGGGCACCGUGUUGGGUGGUGCCGCUUUGUUCAUGGCUCUUUAG